GUCCCUCGCCGGCCGCCGUUUAAACCCGUACGUGGCACUCACAGAGCGGUGCAGCGCAGCCGAAGCGGCUCGUACUCACUCGUACAACCCGACUUCCUGCACUCCCUGCAGGAGAUACUGUGGCGAGGAUAGGUUCGAUACCGCCGGACUCACCCCCUAAGCGCUUGGAACAUGUUUACCCUGUCGGAGCUCGUUGUUUUGCUGGCCGUCCUGUCCGCCACCGCGUCCGGCUACUUCGUUAGCAUAGACGCCCAUGCCGACGAGUGCUUCUACGAGCGGGUCAACUCCGGCACCAAGAUGGGCCUCAUGUUUGAGGUCGCCGAAGGAGGCUUCCUGGACAUUGAUGUGGAGAUAACAGGACCUGAUGGGAAGCAGAUUUACAAAGGCGACAGAGAGUCCAGUGGCAAGUACUCUGUGGCAGCACACAUGGACGGGACCUACAAGUUCUGCUUCAGCAACAAGAUGUCAACCAUGACACCCAAGAUUGUCAUGUUCACCAUUGAUAUCGGAGAGGCACCGAAAGGCCAAGACAUGGAGACAGAAGGUGGUGACAGCUGGGAUGCCCACCAAAACAAACUGGAGGAGAUGAUCAACGAGCUGGCGGUUGCUAUGACAGCUGUAAAGCAUGAGCAGGAGUACAUGGAGGUCCGCGAGAGGAUACACAGAGCAAUCAACGACAACACAAACAGCAGAGUGGUGCUGUGGUCGUUCUUCGAGGCUCUGGUUCUGGUGGCGAUGACGCUCGGACAGAUUUACUAUCUGAAGAGAUUUUUCGAAGUGCGGCGGGUGGUGUAGUGCGAUGAAGUGAUCUCUCUGUGUCCUCCACUGUUUUCUCCAACACAAAGACAGUUAUUUACACUCUGGAAAUGAGACUGGCAGUUUGAGUAAAGCCCACAAAUGAUUGGAUCUCAGAUGUUUUUGUUGUCCUGUUACCUAUUUGCUUCCUUCUGUAAAAAUGUAAUAUUGUUUGGAGUGAAUGGCCAAAAGGUUCAUUAGGGUUUUUUUUGUUUUGUUUGUUUAACUGACUAUUUUUUCUCCAGUAUUGUUUGCUAAUUAUACAUAAAUACCAAUCACAAGCCAGAACCGUUUGGCCUGUAUGAAGUAGUGUAAGGCUCAUACAUUUAAAUGAAGGCAGUCUGAUGAAAAAUGCACAAAAGUGGACAUGCAUGUGUGGAGUCGCCACAGGAGAAUGUGCCCUUAUUUAGAUUUAACUGGGAUACUUUUCAAACCCUAAAUAUAUCAAACAUGAAAACCGAUUCCAUUAGUUCACCGGCUGGGGGCUUUGUUUCCAAUAUCUAAGCCAAGUCAGACAAUGUACUGUACAUUGUGUUACUGCUCUCAAACAACAAAUUGCACUCCUAAAGAAUAUGUCUAAAUAACCUGAAGGAUUUAUAUUUCAGCUGGUCUUUAAGGGAAACUGUGCAGCUUCUCGCUCUGUCUGUUGAUUCAUUUUGAUCCGUGCCACAGGGGGCUUCAGUGGACGUCUUCUGUAGGGGAAUGGCUUGACUCCCUACAUAGUUCAGAAAAAGGCAACAGGCCUGAAAGGUCACAAGUCAAUGUAAUAUUCAAAGAGUAAAACUUUUAAACUGCGAUUUAGCAGGAAAAGCUGAGACCAAGUUGGAUUUCAUCUUAACUACUUGGGCUGAAACUCCAAAACAAUGUGGAGAGGAAUACAGAAAUACAUGUUACGUGUUGAUUGAGGCUGGCUGGGUGGGGCGGCGGGGCGGGGGUCACCUAAUUGACUGCUGUGUGCUUUAGUUGCUUCUACUCUAGUUAGUUUGUUGGUGUCUGGGAUUUUAAAUUAUGAGAUUGUAUACAAUUUUGGAUAUUUUGUUUUAGUUUUUCUUUUUCUGGAGCAUAUCCAGUGACAUGCGACUGUUUUGAUGAUGCCUUUAAAAUGAUUUUUCCUUCCUCAUACAAAGUAAAAGGCUUCUGUCCAAGGCACUUCACAUCUGAGGCAUGUUACUGAAUAUGCUCCAGUUUUGUAUUAAAAAAAGCAUCCUUGAGCUCAGGCAGGUAAACUGCUCUGUACACAGUCUCUCCUUUUUGUGAUUUCGACAAAAUCUGAUUAAUGGAUCUGUGCAAAUGUAGAAUGAUUGUGGAAAAUUCCCCAGGUUUCAUAAUAAAGCCAAUAUUCUGUACAAUUA